AUGGCUAUUGAACCUGCUACCUCAUCAGCUGCUCAAGCUCAAGCCGACGCCCAAACACCUGUCCAACAACUCAAAGCUGAACAAGCUGCUGUUGCUCAAGAGAAUGGACCGGUUAGUGGUCAAGAUGAACAACUUGUAACUGGUGAAAUGGACGGAUUGGAGAGUCAGAUGAGUAGCGCAACCAUUGGUGAAUUGCAUGUAGCUUGUGCUGAAGGGAAACUGGACGAUGUCAGAGCUGUCUUGUCAAGAGGUCUUGAAAGUCUGGAAAGUCUUGAUGUCAACACCGGAUGCACUCCUAUUGUACUUGCCAUUCGAGGAAACCACCAUGAAGUUGUCAGAGAAUUAUUGUCAGCAGGAGCUAUUGUACCACCUCCUGGACUUACGAACGACCCCUUGAUGCUUUCUAUUCUCUAUCCUCAACCAAUGUACGGUAUUCCACCUCAAUUCAUGGGUAUGCCCCCUCAUGAGUUCUACCAACAACCUGGAUUCUACCCUGCGGAUGCCCAACAACAGCAACAACGAGGAAUGUUCAUCCCUCCACCUGCUGGACCUACUGGACAAAGAAAAGACGGUGUGACCGCCUCGCCUAACGGUGGUAACCCCAACAACCUCCCACCAGCUGAAGUUUCCAAAACUAUCCCUUGUCGAAAUUUCCCUAAUUGUAAAUACGGAAAUUCGUGUGUCUUCUUCCAUCCUAGACAUCAACCUUUCUUCCCUGCUGGUCCAGGCCCUAUUGGUCCCAAUGGCCAAUUCAUCCCUCAAGGAUACGAAAACGGUUAUCCAGCUCCCUACCCACCUGUUCCAGGACCUUAUUUCAUUUCAAACAACCAAGCAUUUGUACCAAACGAAGUCGAUCAACAACAACAACAACAACCUGCAUCUGAUAUACCCCAACAACAACAAGAAUCACAACUCUCUGAUACCCAGCAUGAUCAAACCCAACAACAACAACAACAUGUACCAUCAGCAAUCGCACCAGUUUUCGUUCCCGGUUUCCAACCUCCUAUUCCACCCUCUGUAGAUAUGAUGUCACCUCCCCCUCCUCCCGCCGGUCAAUUCGGUAUGUCACCCCUCUCGCCCUCAAUGCUGGGUACCUCUCUUCCCUCCAUCCCUCCUGCCGAAGCAUUCUUCGCCGCUGCUUCGCCCCCUCCGGCAGGCUUCAUGCCUCCUCUUCCCCCUGUAGCUGUCAACGGUCCUGCCGCUGCUGCGGCCCACGCUCGAAGACAGAGUUUCAACCAACAACAGUUCGGUAUGCCAGGCAAACCGUUCGGUCACGGUAAGAAACCCAGUUUCUCAGGCGGAGCACCCAAAUGGAUGGGUAGACCACCCGCUCCCAACGGUCCCGGUUCGGCCAAAUUGGGAAGUUGGAAGGACGGUAACCCCCCACCAUGCGCUUUCUACAACCAAGGGAACUGUAGGAAUGGCGAGUUCUGUAAAUUCCCUCAUCUUGAUGCUGAGGGUAAUGACUGCCGACAUCCCGAUGUAGUUCGAGGAAUCUUACCUCCUGCACCAUCUUUCUCUGGUCGACCUCGAGGUAUGAGAAUGAUGGGUGGACCAGGAUUCCACAAUGGUCCUGUCGAUCUUUCGUUCAGACAACAACAGCACCAACAGCAGAUUCAGUUCUUGCAACAUCAGCGAAUGGCUGCUGCUCAAGCUCAACAAGGUCUCAAUGCCUCUGCUCCCACCUCCACCUCCGCUGCUCAAGCUACUGAAGACAAAUCCGAAGCUACCUCCGCUGCCGCUGAGAAAUCCGAAACUGCAGAUGUACCCUCAGUAACUGUCGACGGGGAAACCGCCGCUUCCGAAGAACCCGCCAAGACUCUCCCUGCUAAACCUGUUAUGCCCAACAUCAUCCGAUCAGCUUCUCAGCCUGGUGUACAAAGAGUGCACGCAAACGGCAACGCUUCUCGCUCUCACUCGCCAGCCCCAUCCAACGUCUCUUUCCAUGGUAAUGGACAUCCCAGACGGGCCGGUUCGAGAGUCCCACCUCAAGUGAACGGUCAUGGUAAUUUCGUUAACGGUCGAAAUGACAAGAAAGGACCUACUACUCCUUCUCAACGAGUUCCUCAAGCUCAUGAGUUCCCUGCUCUCGGUUUAGGAUCAGGUACACCCACUUCUGAGAAGAAAGAACCUUCAUGGGGAGGUAAGACAGCUGCUCAGGUUCUGUCUGCUCCUGCUCCACCAAAGCCUGAAUCCCCAGUGCAGGUCAAGGUGACUGAACAUAAUGGAGAUGGAAACGCGAGUGAUAGUGAGAAGAGUGAAAAAGCCGGAAGCGUGACCAUGGACUCGGACUCUGAAUCAGACGCAGUGAUCAUCUCUACCAAACCCUCUACAGCUGCUCAGUCAGGAACUGCUUCUCCCGCUCCACCCGCUGCUGCUCCCGAAAUCAAGAAGACUCCCAUCAGCUUUGCAUCUGCCGUAGGAACUGCGAGCAUGCCUACUGCUCUUGAGACUGCUCCUGUGGCUCUUAAAGCAUAG